AUGGCGAAUGUAGCUGUCGGGGUCAACUCGGAAAAUACUUGCAAAUUUUUGGAAUCGUUGCAAGCCGACUUGAAAGUACUUGCUUCAGAAACUAAGAAGAAAUAUCCGCAGAUUAAAGAAUCAUGCGAGGAAGGUAUUGCAAAAAUAAGAACAGCUUCAAAUACUUCAGGUGCCCCUAUUUAUUAUAUUGUUAAUCAAAUCUUAUAUCCUUUGGUACAAGGCUGUGAGAGUAAAGAUAUAAAAAUUAUCAAGUUUUGUUUGAGUAUGAUGCAAAGAUUAAUUACACAACAAGCAGUUGAUCAGAAAGGUGCCCGUUAUAUUACGGACACAUUAUGGAUGCUGAUGGAAGCAGGAACAGAAGAAGUUAAAGUUUUACAAACUGUAACACUCCUACUUACUAGCAAUACUGUUGUUCAUGGUGAAACACUUGCAAGGAAUCUAGUGCUCUGUUUUCGUUUGCAUUUCACAAAAGACUCUACAACUAUCAAUACAGCAGGGGCUACUGUCAGACAAUUGGUGUCAUUAGUAUUUGAGCGUGUUGUUGCAGAAGAUGAACAGAGCCCUGACACUGAGGAUUCUGAUGAAAUUAAUUUAGAGGAAUUAAAAAUUCCUACCAAUCAAGCACCUAAAGGCUUAGGACCAUGUGCUGCUGAUGCAUACUUAAUGUUCCAAGAUUUAGUACAAUUGGUAAACGCAGAUCAGCCCUACUGGUUAAUUGGUAUUACCGAAAUGACGCGUACAUUUGGAUUAGAAUUGUUAGAAUCUGUGCUAACAAAUUUUUCGUCCGUAUUUUUUAAGCACCCAGAAUUUAGUUUUUUGCUAAAAGAAAGAGUUUGUGCUCUUGUAAUUAAAUUGUUUUCACCUAAUAUCAAAUACCGCAAUUCUGUCCCAGCAUCUCUACAACAAGCUACACCUUUAGAUAAACCCUAUUUUCCUAUUAGUAUGAGGCUUCUUCGGGUUGUUUCUAUUUUAAUCCAGAAGUAUCAUUCUCUUUUGGUAACUGAAUGUGAAAUAUUUCUGUCUUUAAUUGUCAAGUUUUUGGAUCCUGAUAAACCUACCUGGCAAAGAGCUUUAGCUUUAGAGGUUUUGCAUAAAAUGACAGUACAAGCUGAUCUUCUUACAAAUUUUUGUGAAUGUUACGAUUUAAAACCUCAUGCAACUAACAUCUUUCAAGAUAUUGUUAAUAGUUUAGGUGCCUAUGUACAUAGUCUUUUUGUUAAUCCUCAAAUGAUGAAUCAAAAUAACAUGGCGACAGGUACAACGGCACCUCAAAGUACAGCUUCUCCACUAUUCACUGGAAUGCCUAUAGGACCUGGUGUUUCACCUCAACCUGGUUUUUACUCUCGUGGAAUAUGGCUACCGGUAGUCGCGACGUUCACAAGUGGUCAAGCUAAAUCUACCUAUUUGGACAUGCUUGAUAAAGUUGAACCACCUCAAAUUCCCAUUGGUUAUGGAAUAAGUAUAGCUUAUGCUUGUUUAUUAGAUAUUAUACGUUCUAUAGCUCUUGCUAUAAAUGGAUCUAGUGAAACAGUAACUGGAAAUCAGUCGUAUAAACCGAGUGAAUCUGAACGGAAGCUUCAUACUCAACUUAUCAACUCCAGCUGGUGUGGUUUGUUAGCAGCUUUAAGUCCCCUCAUAGAUGCAAGCACCGAUGAAUCUGCGACAGAAAAUGUAUUGAAAGCAAUUCAAACUUUCGCGUCUUUAUGUGGCCAGUUAGAAUUACAAGCUCCUCGCGAUGCAUUCAUUACUGCAAUAUGUAAAGCAUCAUUGCCUCCUCAUUAUGCGUUGACUGUAUUGUACAAUGCUCCCCAAGGAAUACCGACCGCAAGACAACAAGAAUCCACUCAAUACAAUGUAACGAUCGGUGAACCAGAUUAUAGGCAACAAGUGGUAGCAGUUGGAACUCCAUUACCCACUGCAUCUUUACCAGUUGGUGCUCAUCAAGGUCCAGUUAUGUUAACAGCAAAGAAUUUACAAUGCAUGCGAGCAUUGCUGUCCCUCGCUCAUUGCCAUGGAAGUAUACUGGGUAGCGCAUGGCACUUGGUACUUACCACGUUACAACAUCUUGUCUGGAUACUCGGUCUGAAACCUUCAACAGGAGGAUCUUUAAAAGCUGGAAGGACUGCUGCUGAUCCGAAUGCAGUACUUACAAAUGCGGUUAUGGCGGAUUUACCUGUACUUAGCACCAUGCUUAGUAGACUGUUCGAAAGUAGCCAGCAUCUGGACGAUGUAGCUUUACAUCAUCUGAUAGAUGCACUUUGCAAAUUAAGCCACGAAGCUAUGGAGUUAGCUUAUUCUAAUAGAGAACCAUCGUUAUUUGCUGUGGCUAAACUCUUAGAAACUGGUCUGGUAAAUUUACCACGGGUAGAGGUCCUCUGGAGGCCUUUAACAAAUCAUUUGUUAGAGGUUUGUCAACAUCCGCACAUCCGUAUGAGGGAAUGGGGAGUCGAGGCUAUUACGUACCUUGUCAAAACGGCACUUCAGCAUAAAUAUCCUCAACCUUUACGCGAUAAUCAAAAGCUGCAGACAUUACUUUUAGGACCAUUAUCAGAAUUAUCGUCGGUACGUCAUGGAGAUGUAAGACAACGGCAGCUUGAAUGCGUUUUACAAGUUUUACAUGGGGCAGGAGAGACAUUAUAUCAUGGUUGGCCUUUGGUACUUGGCAUCAUUGGAGCAGUAUCUGAUCACCACGGAGAAGCUUUAGUUAGAAUAGCCUUUCAGUGUUUGCAAUUAGUAGUAACUGAUUUUCUACCUGUGAUGCCGUGGCGGUGUCUUCCACUUUGCGUCGACACAGCCGCCAAAUUUGGUUCACAAACGCAAGAAUUAAAUAUUUCUUUGACUGCUGUUGGAUUAAUGUGGAACAUAAGUGAUUAUUUUUACCAAAAUCAAGAAAAGCUCUGUGUUUCUCUUAAAGGAGAUUCAUCGUCUGUGUUUCCGGAUUUUCCCGGAACAACAAAUAUGCCACCAUUUGAUAAACUUUGGAUGUGCCUGUACGCAAGAUUAGGUGAUUUAUGCGUGGAUUCUCGGCCUGCAGUGCGUAAAUCGGCUAGUCAAACUUUGUUUUCUACAAUAUCUGCUCAUGGUAGUCUGUUGCACCAACCAACUUGGCAAGCUGUCCUUUGGCAGGUUCUGUUUCCAUUAUUGGAUAAAGUAAGAAGUUUAUCUAAUUCUGCUAGUAGUGAGAAAGUUGAUACUAGUGGAAAUAUACUUAUCCAUCAUAGUAGAAACACCGCACAGAAACAGUGGGCAGAAACACAGGUAUUGACGUUGAGCGGGGUUGGUAGAGUGUUCAACACGAAACGUCAACUAUUGCAAAUGUUGGGAGAUUUUCCUAGAGCUUGGUCUCUGUUACUAGAAUUCAUAGAAAAUUCUGCACUUAGCAAGAACAAUGAGGUAUCAUUGGCAGCUUUAAAGUCAUUUCAAGAGAUUUUAUACCUUCAAAAAGGAAGUGACAAUAAUGAAGUAGUUCAGUCGAACGAUUCUGAAGCACUAUGGAUUGUUGCAUGGCGCGUAUGGCUUAACAUAGGAAUGGAAAGUACAACACCGCCUCAAGAAGGUGAAACGGAACCUUACGUACCAUCGCAAGCAUUUUUAACAGCAUUAGUUCACAUAUUUCCAGCUGUUUUUCAACACAUCAGAAAUAAAUUUACCGGUCCAGAUUUACAAAAGCUUUGCAUUGUGCUUAAAAAUGCGGUUGCAGUUCCAGUACACGGUGAGUCGACACCGUACAUCUUACCUACAAUGCCAGAUGUCGUCCUUACUCAUUUACAGGAUGGUGUACUUCACUCGAUGGAGCUUCUGCAGAAAGAAGCAUUAAACGGACCUGAGAACCUGCGAACUAUGAUCGUUAUGAUAUUUCUUCAGCUCUUGAGUUUCUCAAAAUUGGCUUGCGAAGCUCCUACUUAUGGUAAAAUACCAACCAAACACAUUUCUCAAGUUCGAGGUGUAUCCGCCGAUUGGGUAACCAUGAAUUACGUUCCUUUCGGGGAGAAAGCUUUAUCAAUGGUCGUAACAUUAUACCAAAAAACGGCACAUGAGAUGGCAGUUAUAGAUGGACAAGUUUUAAAGCACAUUAUAGAAGCUUUGCACGUACCUUUAUCAAUGAAAUAUGCUUGUCCAUCGCCAACAACUUGGAAAUUGGCUGUUACCAGUCUGCUUGCUGUAUUACAUACUGGUUUGCCUCUAGCCAGAAAAUAUCCAGAACAGUUUCAAAGUAUGUGGUCGGAACUUGCAAGUACCUUGGAUGAUUUCUUGUUUCCUAAAAGCGUAUUAAAUGUCGAAAGAGGUGUUGAAGAAAUUCAAGCAGACGAAGCUGUAGAUUGUCAAGUGAUGGAACUUUUACGAGAUGAAGUGUUGCCACAUUCUCAGCACAUACCUCAUCAGUUUAUUUUACGAGUAGUUAUGCUUUUAAACAAAGGAUCUAUACAUUCAGCAACUACGACAAAUAUUGAAAGUAGCGGUGAAACUAAGUUGAGGGAAGAGUUCGCAAAAACGUGUUUCGAAACAUUACUUCAAUUUUCUCUCUUAGAUGGAUUGAACAAUGAUUCAGAACACGAUACAUCUAAGAACCCUGAAAAUGACGAAGGAGGCGUUGCAGGACGAUUGGCGGUUACUGCUUUACUUCAUAGAUUUCAAGAGGUUUUACGACGAUAUAUCGAAAACGAAAGGAGAAGCGGAAAAUGUCCAUUACCUAGGUACAGAUUAUCUGAGAUUUCAUUUGUUUUGAAAGCUGUUGCAACGCUUGUGGUUUCACUGAAAAAAGCACCUCCUAAUAAAGUUGAAAGAUCAGUAUGGGAGCAAUUGAUAGGUCUGUAUCCCUGUUUAGUAGAAUGUACAAUUGCUACGGCAUCGGGUCAAGUGUCAAGAUCUUUACGAGAAGCUUUGCUGCAAUAUCAUGAUCUAUUAAAGCCACCGCUUCAUAGUUCCACAACGUCAAACGGUGUUUGACCAUUGCACUCUUUACUUCUAAUUCGAAAUAAUGAUGUUUGCUACGUCGUCAAAUAGUAAACUUCUUGUAACUACGACGGCGUGUACAAUAAAUAUCAUCGAAAAGUUUUUA